AUGUUGGCGGUUGAGGAAAAGCAGCCCGUCGAGACGGGCGAGCAAGUGGCUCCAAAGUCGCACCAGGAAAGCAGCUCGGACUUCUCAGACGGCCCAAUUGAUCCCAAGGCCGAGAGCAGGCUGGUUACAAAGCUGGACUUCAUCAUAUUCCCUACUUUCUUCGUGAUUUAUAUGAUGUCUUUUUUGGAUCGCAUCAAUAUUAGCAAUGCGCGUAUUCAAGGAAUGGUUGCAGACCUCGAUCUUACGGGAAAUCGGUUCAAUGUCGCGCUUUUUACUUAUUACAUCUCCUACAUCCUUUUAGAGGUCCCCUCCAACAUGGUCAUCAAGAGGUUUCGCCCUUCCUUGUAUCUUUCCACUUUGAUGUUUUGCUGGGGCAUCAUCAACAUGUGCAUGGGAUUUGUACACUCGUAUAGUGCGCUCAUCGGUCUGCGAUUCCUCCUUGGUAUUUUCGAGGCCGGCGUCCUGCCCGGCAUCAUCUAUGUCACAUCCAUGUAUUACAAGCGACACGAGUAUCAAAAGCGCAUGUCUUUCUUCUUCUGCAGUACAGUGGUCGCCGGCGCAUUUGGAGGGCUUCUGGCCUACGCCAUCGCCAAGCUUGGUGGCCACCAUGGCUUCGCUGCUUGGCGCUGGAUCUUCAUCAUCGAGGGCGCCAUAACCUCUACGCUCGCCAUCAUUGCCGCGUUUCUCAUCAUUGACUGGCCAGAGCAGACCAAAUAUCUCAACGCGGAAGAGAAAGAGCUGCUCCGUCGCCGCCUCGCUGCCGAUGUCGACGACUCAUGCCGCAUGGAUGUCCUUAACAAGACUUCGUUCAAAAUGAUCAUGUCGGACUACAAGAUCUGGCUUGGAGCCCUGGUAUACAUGGGUGUUGGCGUCCCUGGUCUGUCUGGAACAUUCUUCCUUCCCACUAUUCUCCUCGAGUUCAACUGGAAAGCUCAGGAGGCGCAAGUCCGCACAAUCCCUGUUUAUGUGGUUGCAGGUGGUACGAUGCUCAUCGGUGCCUGGGCUUCUGACAAGCUCAGACAUCGCUUUAGCUUCUUCGUUGCCGGAACUAGCUUGGUGACCAUUGGCUACGGAAUGCUUCUUGCACAAGAAGGAAAGUCUCGAGACUACAAGUUCGGCGCAGUCUUCUUGGUGUUUGGCGGUGCCUACAUGGUCACACCCAUGGCGCUUGCAUGGCUGCAGAAUAACCUCUCGGGUCACUGGAAGCGCGCCUUCGGAUCUUCAAUCCAAGUCACAAUAGGCAAUAUUGCUGGCAUCAUUGGAAGCAACAUUUACCUUGUCAACGAAGCUCCCACCUAUGUCACUGGCUACAGCGUUUCGCUUGCCAUGAUGUGGCUGGGAAUGAUCUGUGCCACUAUUCUGGCUGUGCUCAUGUGGAGAGACAAUAAGAAGCGCGAUGCUGGUGAGCGGGACGACAGGUUGAACCUUCCAGAAGAUGUGAAGAAUAACUUAGGCGAUGCGUAUCCCACCUUUCGAUUUACUCUCUAA